CGCAAUUGGCGGACGCUCGGGUCGACGGCUCGCAGCAUCUCCCCGACGAUAACCGCAACGACGGGGCCCUAACCGCUCAAUCUCGGUCGGUUUCUGGAUUAGGAUCACCGGUUCUUGCACUACGAUGAACUCUGGAGCGGCAAAAGGCAGACCACUCAGCACUGCAGAGGGCUUCGUGUGUGGUGGACUGGCGGCAUGUGUCGCUGUCACUAUUUCUAAUCCUGCGGAGGUCGCAAAGACACGUCUUCAACUGCAGGGAGAACUGGCAAAGGAUGGUGGAGUCCGGGUCUACAAGAACACACUGGAUGUCGUCACAAAAACAUUUAGGAAUGAAGGAAUCCGUGGCAUACAGCGCGGCCUUGGCCCUGCCUAUGUCUAUCAAAUUCUCCUGAACGGCUCUCGUCUUGGAUUCUACGAGCCAAUCAGACGAUGGUGUAAUAGCAUCUUCAACAUCUCACCGACCGAGCAAAGGCCUCUUACCUCGGUGGUUGCAGGUGCCUCCAGUGGUAUCAUCGGAGCGUGCCUUGGAAAUCCGCUGUUCCUUAUCAAGGCAAGAAUGCAAGCAUACUCUCCUGCCCUUCCGGUGGGCCAUCAGCACUUCUACAAGAGUGGUUGGGAUGCACUCGCUACUAUCUAUCGCGCUGAGGGAUCCCGUGGGCUGAUCCGCGGCAUGGACGCUGCUAUACUCCGAACGGCAAUGGGUUCUUCUGUACAACUGCCGACAUACAAUUGGACCAAGAAUCAGCUCGUCAAGCGCGGGAUCCUCCCGGCAGAUAGUGUCUGGACCUUCCUAGCGAGUAGUUCGGUGUCUGGCAUGUGUGUUCUUGCGGCAAUGCAACCCGCCGAUACCGCUCUGACGCGUGUAUACAAUCAACCGACACGCCAGCUGCCCGACGGCAGGCAUGUUGGUGUGCUGUACAAAAACCCAAUAGAUUGUUUGUGGAAGACACUGAAGACGGAGGGGCCUUUGGGAUGGUACAAAGGAUCCACCGCGCAUUUCUUCCGUAUAGCACCGCAUACGAUUGUCACGCUCACCGCCAACGAUAUCAUCGUCGGCCUCUACAAGAGACUGCGACACGAAGAGUCAUAAAUGCAACAGGCUUGUCGGACCCAGGCCUCUUCGGGUAAUGUCAGGGGCGAUUAUUACUUUGCACUAAUAUGUACCUCUCCUGGACGUAUUAAUGAUAGAUUCUAGAGACUACCAUACUCAUAGAAAGCUUAUUCGUGCAAGAUGUACCCUUUAUGCAAUGCGGC